UUAUGUUGUAUAUUCCCGCGAAUAUUAUAAAGGCCCAUAAAUUCAGGGGCCGACAAUAUACGGAUAAGAGUGGAGCCGGCGGCAGCACAGGAGUGGCCUGAAUAAUAAUACCCAUAAGAAAUGGUAGGUGCCGGAGCGGCGACACUUCAGCCGCGUCUCAUCUCAUCGUUCGUCGGAAACUGUUGGCAUAACCAAUCAACGCAACACCUACAUAACCUCUUUCGCUUUAACCCAGGCCAAAAACAUGUUUUGAUGCGACAAUCAAGACCAUUCACCGGAAUAACAAAUUUUUUAUUCAACAAAAGAAAUACAGAUGAAAUACCAAACACCACCCGCAAACGUUUAAAACCCGGGAAAUUGUCUCCGCGCCGUCCUGUUCCCGAUCACAUAUUAAAGCCUCCGUACUUGAUAUCUAAGAAGCCACCUGGCAUUGCAAGCGGGCCCGAAGUGCAUGAUGAAAAGGGAAUAGAAUGUAUGCGAGCUUCAGGUAAGCUUGCUGCACAGGUUCUUCAGUAUGCGGGUACAUUAGUCAAGCCAGGCGUCACCACAGACGCGAUUGAUCAAGAAGUUCACCAGAUGAUUAUUGAUAACGGAGCGUAUCCAUCACCUCUCGGUUAUGGUGGAUUUCCCAAAAGUGUAUGCACUUCUGUAAAUGAAUGCAUUUGCCAUGGAAUCCCUGAUUCGCGCGAACUUCAGGAUGGUGAUAUCAUCAACAUAGAUGUUACUGUUUAUCUCAAUGGUUACCACGGUGACACAUCAGCAACAUUUUUUUGUGGAGACGUCGAUGAUGAAGCCAAAAAGCUGGUACAGGUAACUAAAGAAAGCCUAGACAAAGCAAUAUCCAUAUGCGCACCCGGAGUCGAGCUGAAGAAGAUCGGCGAAGUUAUAAAUGCACACGCAGAUGAACAUCGUUAUGGUGUUGUGGAACAAUUUGUUGGGCAUGGGGUCGGACGAUUAUUUCACAGUGAUCCCGUUGUUCUACACUACAGGAACAAUGAACGUGGACGUAUGAUGUUAAACCAGACAUUCACCAUAGAACCAAUGUUGACCAUUGGUAGCAUACACCCAAUAAUGUGGGAUGAUGACUGGACGGUUGUUACGUCGGAUGGGAGUUUGUCAGCACAAUUUGAGCAUACCCUUUUGAUAACUGAAAAUGGUGCUGAGAUUCUAACACAAUGCUGAUUGUGAGCUCAUGAUCAAUGAAUAACCAUCGUUAGUUAGUUCAUACUUUAUUUGCCAUACAGUGUAUUUUUAAUGUUUACAAACCUAAAUUUGUUUUUUUUUUUGUAAGGAUUUGUACUCAUUGCUGCUUGUUACAAGAAACAAGUUUUAGUUUUGAGAACUAUAGAUUAUUCAAUCAGUUUCUUCUUACGAAA